AUGACUGUCCAUGCCAUAUUGGCAAUAGGGAAGGAAGAAGGCAUUAAAGGUUACUGGAAGGGCAACCUCCCACAGGUGAUUCGGGUUAUACCUUAUAGUGCUGUCCAGCUUUUUGCUUAUGAGUUUUAUAAGAAAAUAUUCAAGGGAGAACAUGAUGAGCUCUCUGUUGUGGGAAGACUUGCAGCGGGUGCUUUUGCUGGCAUGACAUCAACUUUUAUCACCUACCCAUUAGAUGUCCUGAGAUUGCGGUUAGCUGUUGAACCUGGUUGUCGAACAAUGUCAGAGGUUGCCUUGAGCAUGCUAAGAGAGGAAGGAUUUGCAUCUUUCUACUAUGGUCUUGGACCUUCUCUUAUUGGAAUAGCUCCAUAUAUUGCAGUCAACUUUUGUGUUUUUGACUUGUUGAAGAAGUCAUUGCCAGAGGAAUAUCAAAAGAGAACUGAAGCAUCUCUUGUCACUGCGGUGUUUUCAGCAUCUCUUGCCACACUUACAUGCUAUCCUCUGGACACUGUGCGAAGACAGAUGCAAUUGAAGGGUACACCUUAUAAGACAGUAUUAGAUGCCAUUUCAGGUAUCGUGGCACGGGAUGGAGUUAUUGGCUUGUAUCGUGGAUUUCUGCCUAAUGCUUUAAAGAACCUACCAAACAGCAGCAUCAGGCUCACCAUAUAUGAUAUUGCCAAACGCCUAAUUGCAGCUAGUGAGAAAGAGUUUCAAAUAAUUACUGAGGAUAACCGCAACAAUCUACAGAAACAACAAUAGUCGAUGACAGUGAGCUUAGGGUUCAUAUGGUUUUAGAUAUUCAUUUCGCGCUGGAAAAUUUCAUUGGAGUUAAUGCUGCAGCAUAAGUGUCCUGUAUUUGUAGGAAUUGCUUUAGCCAAAUAUUAUGAGUAUCUCAGCAGCCAACAUUCCCUGUACCCCGGGGUUGUAAUUUUGUAGGACAAGCUUGUGCUAGGUAGGCUGCAGUGUUAUAUUCUUUUUCUGAAUGUAUUUUAGCUGUAAUUUUUAAACGGAUUUUCGUAUCUGUCAAACUGAAUAGUAAUAAAA